AAAACUUGUUGGAUACACGUGAUUAAGCUUCUGCUCAACUGUAACUCGUAACCCGUACAUGUGAUUAUUUAGAAAUGAAAUUUUAAGUUUGAAUUAAGAAACGAUUAAGUUUUCGACUGCUUUCUUACCAAAUCUGUAAUAAUUGAAGGAGAAAAGGGGGAAUAUGUCGUCGUUAUUAUUUUAACUGAAGACGAAGAUGGUGUUUUAAUUUAUUAAAAUGUUAAUCAAAGAUGAAGAUUCUAAUACCGAAACAUUUGUUUUUACGACGUAAUAAUUGUAAUAUUACGUUUUCGUGCAUUAAAAAUUGGUCUAGUUAUGUACAUACGAAUUUGGAGCCAGGCAAUGUUAAUAAUAAAAAUUUCACUGUGAAAGAAUUAUUAACACUGAAACCAAUAGAAAGAGAAAUUUCAGUAAAAGGAUGGAUAAAAGCAUUAAGAAAACAUAAAAAUAUAAUGUUCAUAGAUAUUAAUGAUGGAUCUUGUUUAGAAAAUUUGCAAGUAAUUGAUGAAAAUGGAAAGACGGAAAUUUCAUUUGGAUGCUCAGUGCAAAUUGAAGGUGUUUUAGCAAAAAGUACCCAUAAAAAUCAAGAAGUUGAAUUAAAAUGUUGUUCUUUGAAUGUCCUUGGUAAAUGUGAUGGACUAAAAUUUCCAUUUUUACCUCGACACAGUCCAACUGUAAAAGAAACAAGACAACAUUUACAUCUUCGACCAAGAACUAAAGAUUUUGGUGCUCUUUUAAGAAUUAGAAGUUUAGCAACAUUUGCUGUACAUAAAUUUUUACAGGAAAGAAAUUUUCUUCAUGUGAAUACUCCAAUUAUAACUUCUAAUGAUUGUGAAGGAGGAGGAGAUGUUUUUUCUGUUCAGGUAAAUCCAGUUACGUCAAAUUUGAUAGAUGAAAAUAUAUCAUCAACUGAAUGUAAACAUUAUUUUAAUGUUCCUGCUUACCUUACUGUGUCAGGACAGCUGGCGUUAGAAGCUGCAGCAUGUGCUAUGUCAAAAGUUUACACAUUUGGCCCCACAUUCAGAGCAGAAAACACUCGAACACGUCGUCAUCUUUGUGAGUUUCAAAUGAUUGAAGUUGAACAAACCUUUGUAACACUAGAGGAUUUAUUUCAGUUAACUGAAGAAUUGUUUAAAAGUUCAGCACAGUAUAUUCUAGAGAAGUGUGUAAAAGAUGUUGAGUUAUUUCACAGUUGUCUUACCCCCUGUUAUGCUCAUCAUUUGACAAAAAUUCUAGAAACACCAUUCAUAAGUGGGGCUUCUUGCUUUGAUCUGAUUGCCCCUUUUGGUGGAGAAAUUUGUGGUGGUAGUUUAAGAGAAGAUGAUGAAAAUCAAUUAAAAAUCAGAAUACGCCAAGCUGGAAUUGAUUCUGAAACAUUGCAAUGCAUUGAGUGUCCAAUGGAACUGGAAAUGUCAGAGAAUUUAUCAGAUAAGGGUAAAGUUUUGGAAAUUUCAGGGAAAUUAGUAUUAAAUCUGGAAAAAGAACAAAAUUAUUACAGUUUAAUGUUAAAUAUUUUAAAAUUUCAGUGGGGUGAAAAGUUAUUUGCAGAACAUGAAGAUUUUCUUUUGAAAUAUUGUAAAAAUAUUCCAAUUUUUAUUAAGAAUUUUCCUAUAAACAUUACCCCUUUCUAUAUGAAGAUGUCUUCAGAAAAAACAGCUUCUUGCUUUGAUCUGAUUGCCCCUUUUGGUGGAGAAAUUUGUGGUGGUAGUUUAAGAGAAGAUGAUGAAAAUCAAUUAAAAAUCAGAAUACGCCAAGCUGGAAUUGAUUCUGAAACAUUGCAAUGGUAUAUAGAAUUAAGAGAGUUUGGUUCUGUACCUCAUGGUGGUUUUGGAAUGGGAUUUGAUCGCUUUCUACAGACAGUUCUUGCAAUUCCUAACAUAAGAGAAGUUGUUCCUUUUCCAAGAUGGAGUCAUCAUUGUCAGAUGUAACAUAAAAUUAGUCAAUAUUUUGAUUUUAGUCAAAUAAACAAA